AUGGCACCCGCACGCCAACCAGCCCAGCCGUUCACCAAGGACGAGAAGGUUCUCUGCUUCCAUGGUGAGAUGCUGUAUGAGGCCAAGAUUCUCGACGUCCAGCCCGCCGAUAGCGGCGAAGGCUUUCAGUACCGUAUCCACUACAAGGGCUGGAAGAAUACCUGGGACGACUGGGUUUCCAUCGACCGCAUCCGCAAGUUUACUGAGGAAAACAAGGAGCUGGCUAGCACCCUGCACGCCCAGAUGAAGGACUUGCGCCAGAAGAACAGCGCCAAAGCCCCCAAGAAGGGUCUUCGCGUCAACGGCACCGAUUCGGCUCGUGGUAGUGAAGAGCGAACCUCGGGAGUCGCCGCCAGUGGCCGGGGCCCUCGACGGGCACGAGACUUUGACCUUGAGCAGACAUCGCUCUCGUCAAAAUCCAUACCGCCCACAAAGAUGAGUACUUCGUACCAAGAUUACGACGGCCUCACUGGGGGCCUUUACGGAAAUCAACUCUUGGGAGAAAACUACUUGGGCGGUGAUGAAGAGGAAGCAGUUCAUGGGACGGGUAGCCAAGAGAUCAAUGGAUCCGGUGAACCGUUUGUCGAGGACGACGACAACGAAGACAACGAAGACAACGAAGACAUCGACUGGGUAGCUCAGGUCAAUCCGCAAUGUUAUCGCUUCGUUCUGACAGGUCUGGACGACUCUCCAUCUGCCGAGGAGGUUGAGAGACGAUACGACGCGUUCUUACCUCAGUGGAAUGAGAUGAACUGGCAGGUACUCAUGAGGGGCCCUCUCUCACCUUCUCUUUCGCCCAGAACCAACAUUCAAUCAAGUCAGGGCAGAGCUUUAAGCGUCAUCAGCAUCUCCAGUGACGAGAGCGAGUCCAGCGGUCUAGGAGUUCUCGACGACCUUGGUAGUGAAAGCAGCGAAUGCAGCUCAAGCGUUGAGCUCCUCGGCGUAUCACCUAUCAUGCCCAUCAAUGACAUCAGCCAGUACCGCGAUGCCACACCAAAAGAUGCCUCCGAGUAUGGGGGACAAGAGCGAGACAACUUCGAGCACCAUGCUAUCCCUAUGCAAGAUCUUCAAGAUCAGAAGGAUGUCAAUCUUAAAAAAAUCAAGCAUAUGUCUGUUGUGGACUCAGUCGAGGAGCCUACACGAGAGAACGAGGAUGGAUUUCAUGCACGCCCAUCCAUCAAGCUGCCCAUUCCUGACCAUAUCAAGGCAAUGCUUGUCGACGACUGGGAAAACAUCACGAAGAAUAACCAACUGGUUCCGCUCCCUCAUCCCCACCCCGUGGAUGAGAUUCUGAACGACUAUCUCAACUAUGAGCGUCCCAACCGAGAAGAUGGCUCGGCAAAUAUGGACAUUCUUGAAGAAGUCGUCGCUGGUCUUCGCGAAUACUUUGAGAAGUCAUUGAGCCGGAUCCUUCUGUACCGGUUUGAGCGUCCUCAGUACCAUGAGGUCCGUAAGAUGUGGGAAAAGGCAGCGGAGAAUGAUAAGCACAAGUCUGUCUGCGACACGUACGGUCCUGAGCACUUGUGCCGUCUGAUGGUAUCCUUGCCCGAGCUCGUUGCCCAGACAAACAUGGAUCAACAGUCUGUUUCGCGUUUGCGUGAAGAGCUCUCAAAGCUUACCGUCUGGCUUGGCAAGAAUGCGAAGAGUUACUUCGUCAGCGAGUACGAAACCCCUUCUCAGGAGUACAUCAACAAGGCACGGAGUUUCUAG